CUUGUCAAGACGAAAAUGAAACUUCUACUGGUCUUUGCGUUGGCUGUACUCAUCGCCCAUGUGGCUGUGGCCCAACAAAGUGAUCAACAGCCUGAUUAUGAUUAUUAUACUGACUCGGAUUCGACAGGAAACUCAACAGAUGAUACUGAAGAUUAUACUACAGGAAACUCCGCAGAUGGCACUACAGUAAACUCAGCAGAUGAUACUACUAGUAACUCCACAGAUGAUACUACAGGAAACUCCUCAGAUGAUACUACAGGAAUCUCCGCAGAUGAAACUACAGUAAAUUCAGCAGAUGAUACUACUAGUAACUCCUCAAAUGAUACUACAGGAAACUCCACAGAUGAUACUACUAGUAGCACUACAGACGAUACCACUAGUAACUCCUCAGAUGAUACUACAGUAGACUCCGCAGACGACUCUACAGAUGUAGAUGAUGGAGAUUCUGAAGAUGAUACUGAUGUCGAUAGUGGAAACGAAUCGGAUGACUAUGAUGACUCCGAUAGCAAUGCGGAAGUACCAACUGUGGCCAAAAAAGUUAAAAAAAAUAAGGCCAAGAAAAAUGGAGCCCGAAAGAACAACAAGAAAAGGUCAACACCGAAACGUAGUAAGGCGGCCAAGAAAAAUAAGAAACAGGCAGCUAAAAAGAAAACACCUGUUGCUGCCAAAAAGCGCACAAAUGCUGUGUCCAAAAAUCGCAGGCGUUCUGGUUAAGUUUAGUUAAAUUAACAAUCUUUACAGAUUAAAAAAAAAGAAUGCAAAUGG